AACAAUAAUUUAACUCUUCCACUCCUCCAUAUACCCUCCCAAAACCCUCUCUCUUCUCUCUCUCAUCCAUCCAUGACCAUGGAAGAGCAAGAUAAUGAAGAAAACAUGCUCAACAACACCCACCUUCCAAAACCCAAAUCCCCCAUUUCACCCACAUUCUUUCCAUCUCUUACAAAAACCAACUGCCUUCACAAAGGGAGGAGAGAAAAAGUGGAUCAUGCCCAAUGUCAUGGACUCCGGAGAAAAAGAAAAGAUGGGGGGUGCUGCAAGAAAGACACCAGAAUGAAGAUGGACGGUCAAAUUGGUGGGGAUGAUGUGAUAGAUGGUGUUGAUGGUGCUAAUGAUGAGAUAGUUGGAGUGGAGAGGAAGAUCAAGGCCUUACAAAAGAUUGUUCCAGGAGGGGAGUAUCUUGGGCCUGAUAGGCUGUUUGAAGAGACAGCUGAUUAUAUAUUGUCGUUGCAAGUGCAGGUGACUGCCUUGAAAAUGCUUGCUUCUUAUUUUGAAGGUUUGGAGAAGGAAAAAACAAAGGUGGGAGCUUGAUCAGCCUCUCACGUUCCAAACCCAAUUCUAUUUCUCUAUUGGGUUUCCUUCUUCCCCUUUUUCUUCCUUUUUUCUUUUUUUUUUUUCCUUUUCUUUUCUCUUUUUAUAAUUUCCCAAUGAUUUUUGUUAUUGCAAUGCAAAUGCUUUUUUUUU